AUGGGUGGCAUUGGUAAGACCACUCUAGCUAGAACUGUUUAUGACGAUCCAUUAAUCACACAUCAUUUUGAUAUUUGUGUUUGGCUUACAAUAUCACAAGAUUACAAUGCACAGAAAGUUCGUUUAAGUCUUGUGGAUUCGAUUAAAAUUAUGGAGGAACAUAUGCCUAGAUUAGAGAUGGAUGAUAUUUCAAUAUUGAUGAAGAAAGCUUAUAAAAAGUUAAAAGGUUGGAGGUAUCUCAUGGUAAUGGAUGAUGUGUGGAGCACAAAGGUUUGGGAUGAUAUAAGGAAUGUAUUUCCGGAUGAUGCUAAUGGAAGUCGAAUCAUGAUUACCACAAGACUAGAAGAUCUAGCCGUUUAUCCGAACUCUACUUGUGCUCCUCAUAAGAUGAGGUUCAUGAGUGGCUCUCAAAGUUGGGAUUUGUUUAAGGGAAAGGUGUUUGCAGACAGCAAUUGCCCACCAGUUGGAGUAUGUGAUACGCUCGGAUCUUGCCUGUUUUAA